GGCUGGCACCGGGCCCGCCCCGCCCAGCACCGGCACCGGCACCGGCCCAUGGCGGCUCCGGGAGCGGCCGGCACCGCAGGCAGCCGGUGAGCCCGGACCGGGGCGGCGUGGCCGGUGUCACGGUGUGACCAUGCAGGCGGAGGCCCGUGGGGAUGUCUGCGGCAGGGAGCAGUGCUCCGAGCUCGGCAAGGAGACUCUGGUCCCGGAACACCCGGCAGGGACCCCCACCCAUGGGCCAGCACAGCAGCCCCCCGGAGCCCCCACCGAGGAGCAGGGCAGCAUCCCCAUCCCCAGCACUGGGCUGCUGCAGGUCACCGAGCGCCGACAGCCGCUGAGCAGCGUGUCCUCGCUGGAGGUGCACUUCGACCUGCUGGACCUCACGGAGCUCACGGACAUGUCGGACCAGGAGCUGGCCGAGGUCUUCGCUGACUCCGACGAGGAGAACGCGGCUGGGGAAGCGCCCGGUGGGCUGCAGCCGGUGCCGCGGGCCGGGUACCUGCGCUCACCCUCCUGGACCCGAGCACGGGAGCAGGGCCGGGACAAGAAGCACCUGAGCGACCCGGAGCUGCCGCCGGGGCCCCCGGACGCCUUCCUGCCCACCGACCGGCCGAGGGAGCCGUAGGGACGGCCCCGGGGACCCUUCGGGACCGGCCGGUUCGUUCCGGUACCGCUGGAGCCCGGCCCGGGCCGCAUGACUGUCAAUGGGGAUCGGCCGCGGCCAGAGGGGGUCCGCAGCCCCGUGGGGGGGGCCGGAGCACCGGUGCCCCCCCAGAGCCGCGGCGGGGCCGGGGCAUGCCCGGUUCUCAUGUAGCAGUGCCGUGCUCCGGUAAAACACGGACCCACCA